AUGGAAGGAUCCAUGAGUGGAUUAAAAAUAGCCUCCUUCAUUGUUAGAAACGAUCUAGACGAUCUAUGUCCAGAAUAUCGACUUAAACGGCACAUAAACAAGUCUUUUAAGAAGGUCAAAUUGGAUAAGUUGAACCUAGAAAAGGAGCUGAGCAAACUGAAGGAGUUGGAAAAGGAAGUCGAGUAUGUACUAUAUAAACCCUUUCAAAAUGACAAGAAUCUGGCACUUUUGUACCUGUUAGAAUCGCCAAACUGCACGGAGCUGUUGGAACUGUUAAAAAUAGACGACACACAGACGAAGACCAGGGCCAUAAGUAUGUUAUUGUUUAUACUAGAAAAGAGAGUGUACAGCACGAACAUGACGUUUAGCCCAUUCAAAGAAGCAGGAAAUGAGCUAAAUCUGGCUAAAAACAUACUUAACUUGUUCAGCAAAGCCAUGGAUUCCAUAUUCGUGAACGACGACGUUAUCAUAAAUUACACGUUGAAGUUAAUCUUCGAGUGCGUCAAGAGGCUGAACCUUGAGUAUUUGAGCAGAUUCCUAAGUAACUUUAACCUUAUUAAGUAUUUAAACAAGUGCCACGUGACAACACACCCAGAUGUCAAUUUCACAAUCUACAAAGCAUUUUUGUCACUUUUUGAAUCACCGGAGGAUGAAGAGAAAGGUUUAAGUAGGAACAUGUUGAACUUGAAUGGAAUGGAAGUGAGUCUGAGAAGAACACUUAGUUCGCUUAAGUCACUCUUGACGAGGGAAGAGAGCGAGGAAGGUGAAGUAGGCGCGGGGACGAACCGUAACGGUAAAAGGGCUAGCCCAACUGAGUCAUUGGAAGGGGAGUCGGAGAGUGAGAAGGAGGACCUGUACUACAGUAACGGGAAGAUUAAGCUGGCAAUAAUACUGCUCUUGGGAAUUAAGGGGGUCAGGCUGCAGAAGGACCUGGUACACCUGGUAUUCAGCCACUUCAAACACGAGCACUGGGUGACGCAGGUAGCACUAGCACACCUGGGCGUGUGUUACCUGAGCAGGUGCUUCCAGAGUCACUCAAACGAAGCAGCCGAGAAGAAGUCGAUGGAGUACCUGAUUAACAACGUAAACAACAGCAUGCUGCAGCUUCAAAAACUGGGAAUGAAAGUGGCGAAGAGCAGAUUGUACGAUUAUGCAAAAGAUGGGAUACUUCGGGAGUUUAUACUGGUGCUUAACGGAAAUGUGGAAGACAGCAUGAUAGUGACCCUGCUUCUUAAGUAUGACUUGUGGUUCAUUAGCAAAGAGUUGGACGGACUGUAUAGAAUCAACGGGAAUGUGUAUAAGCAGUACGUUAAUCAAAUUAACGUAGGAAGUGCGAGCAGUCACGCGGUCAUAGUUGAGAUAAUGGUGAAGUACCUGAGCAGAGGAUUCGACCUGCCGGAAUACGUGACGAAGGGCACGCUGAACUCGCUUCUCUCGAGCAAGAGCAUGAGUCUGCUGAACAACGUGUUUCAACUCUUCAUAAAGAUCAUGGACACGAAUCAAAGCAGCGACGCGUUGCCGGACAUAAAGACGAUAAUCAAUUUAAACCCAGCAACGAUUAAGAGCAGUGAGGAGGAGAGAGGGAAGUAUGAAUUGGAAGCACUGGGGAAUUGGCUAGAACUAUUGUACAGAUCGAAUUUCGGAGGCCUGAAAGGAGUGUACGACCCGCUGAAGCUGUUUAAAAUAGCGAAAGUAUCGGAGAAUUACACACUGGUGAGUAGGUACCUGCUGGGAUUUCUUAAAAAUAAGUCGGCACACGCAGUGGAUAGGGAGAUCAUAUCGCUGAAAAAUGAACACGGAUCAGUAAGUUUGGAAGAUGAAGAGGCGUUGAAGAGAGUGAAAAUAGACAUGAAUCUGAUGAGUUGCGUGUACCAACUAGGGAUAAACGACAGUCUAGUCAUAAGCAACCUACACUACAAGUGCCUCAAGUUACUGCUGGCACGCUACGUGCUGGUUAACGCAAUACUUACGUACCACUCAGAGGAAUCGAGUGAAGAAUUUGAGAAUAAGCUGUUACAACAAUACAACAAUAAGUUGAGGCGUUAUCUAAAAUUGAUACUAUCGAAUGUAUUAGCAACCACAGGAGACGAGGGGAAGAUGGAACAGUACGUGAAGAACGUAAACAGCGUGUUCCUAUCAAACGUUAUCAUAGUGAUGUACAAUAUAAUAAUAAAGAGUAACCUGCAGUUGCUGUACCCACUGAGGGAAGUGAAGGGGGCUCAAGCAAGCGGAGUCUUCAUACAGCAGUACAAGUGCCUCAACUGCAUACUCAACGGAUAUUUUCAGGGAAACAUAUACAUGAAGCUGUUUUUUGAGAUACUGCUACAAGUUUCGAAGUAUCCGGAGUCAUUUGAUGUGAAUUUGAAGUACUACAGGUGUGUAUCAUGCAAUGACUACUACGUUAACUUUGUUGGACUCUUUGAUAGCAAGUAUGCAGAGUUGCAGCUACUGAGGAGGGAUUUAGUAGAGUACAACGAGGGCACAGGAGAAACGGAUAGAAAUAAGUCAGUGAUUAAGGAUAAAGUAGCAGUAGAGAAGAAAUCAGUUGACAAGGAUAAAGUGGCAGUGGCAGGGGAGAAAAACAAAAGUAGAGUGUUGGUAGGAGAUAACCUGAAGUCGUUUACACAAUACGUGAAUAAGAUAUUGAUAUACUACGUGAAGGACGCGGAAACAAGAGAGUACCUGAAGAUGCAAGUACUGAACGUGGUGAAUCACCUACAGUCACCAUUAGACUACUUUACCACGAGGGAUAGCGUGAUAAGUGGGAGUACUGCAGUGGAAAAUAAGAGGUUGGAGAUAUACAAAGGGCUGGCGCAGAGCAUAUCUAAGUUGGUGGCAGAAAGUAGAGGUGAUGGUCAGACCAGCAAUAAGAAGAAAAGGAGUACUAUAACGAGUGGUAAGAGUAGUCACAACCAUACAAGUAGUAAGAGUAGUAACAAACAUACCAGUGACAAUAGUCAUAGCAAUGUGUACGACGUUAACACCUGCGAAGGUAGAACGAACAUAUUGUUGUCAAAUAUAGAGAAUGUGCUGAGUAAAAUUGGUAGUAUGAAGGAAACGGAAACGUUAGAUUUAAAGGAAAUGGAUAAGGGAAUGAAUAUGGAUACAGAAAACAGUCUGUUAGAUUAUGUCUAUUGCUAUGUAGUUAAGCUGAUAGAAACAGAUAAGUCGUAUAAGAAGAUAAAAAACAUACUGAAGCCAUGUAGAGAAGAAUCGUAUGAUUUGGGACUGUUGUCAGAUUACGUAAUGAAUAAGCAUAAAACAAUGUCCAGACAGUUGAUGCAUCUUUUGAGCAUAGGACUCAUUUUGGGUGAAGAAAACCAUGAAAUUAAGAGCGAAAUAGAGCUUAAAAGAGAAGGUACUGUGAAAAGUAGUACAGGCACGAGUCACGCGAAUAAUAUUGGCGACAACGCUAUUGGUGUCCCUGGUGCAAACAAGAGUGAUGGUAUUAGUAUUGGUAGUACGUCAAAUGGGAACAAUAGCCCGAGAGGAGAUGCAAGGAGGGAGUCUACUAGGAAACUGAUACUGUUUAUGAUAUUGGUGAAUAACAAUACGGAGUUGCAGGAACUUAUAAUUAACAAUAAGCGGACGUUUAAACUGCUAGUAAGUAAUCUGCAAAGACUAAAACAGUGUAGAAACAAUUGCACGUACUUUACCUUUGAUGCGGAGAGGAGCAAUAGGAAGCAUAGAAAAGUGAUGGCAGAAAUAUUAUACUCGGACUGGUUUAUGGAAAAGUGUGAGUUGAUAUUGAGAAGGAAGUACUACUACUUGGGGUACUCAAUAGAAACGAAGCUGUACAAGGUGGCCCUGAAGAUACUGUAUUUCAUGUUCUAUAGUCUGAAGCACGAGGACACGAGGAAGAUGGAUAAAGAUAAAAGGAAGAGGGCACUGGGAAGAUAUUACGUGCUGCUCAAGGACAUCUAUAAGUGCACGAACAACAAGGACGAUGUGAUGAUAAAGCAGAUAGUGUAUAAAAUCAUUCGAGUAUCGAACAAGUUGGACAAGAAGAGGCAAAAAGUGAGGGUGAGGGAGCCGUCGGAUGAUUUGGAAUUCUAUCUGAAGCUGCUGGAUAUAAACCACUUUAAGCUAGUGCACUACUCGUCAAAUAUUGAGAAAAGACUAAAAGUUGACUGUUUGGAUGGUAAGGUGGUUGGUGGCUGCAGUAUACACAGGGAUUGUAAUAACAGCAAUGGCAAUCUAUGCAAUGGGCCAUAUGGGAAUUCUAGCAAUCAGUACAACGGUAAAUGUGGAAGUGGUUAUAAUACGCACAAUCACAGUCAUUGCAGUGGUUAUAAUACGUACAACUGCGCGUGUGGCAGCGUAAAUGGGAAUCACGAAGAUGCCGACGAUGUUGAAGCUAGGGACGAUAGGGACUGCCACGGAUAUUUGAACAACUGGUUGAUAUACAACAAAGCACUGGUGUUCAAGACGUUUAAGGGAGGAGACUUAGGACAACUGCGGCUGAAUUUAACACUUUACAAUCACAACAAAGAGGACAAUGGAGCCAGCGGUUACGAUGAAGAGGACAAUGGAAUAUUAGAUGCCAAUAGAACUACAGUAGAUGCCUACAGAUUCUCAGGACAUUGCAAUCACUCAAGCAGACAGGUGGAGUUGGAAGAGUUUACACGGUGCAACAAAAUUAUGGAAGUGGAGGAGGUCCUGGAUUAUAGAGGUAAUAGUACGGCUACUAAUAGUUAUAAUGACCAUGAUAAUGAUAGCAGUAGUGGCAAUGUUGGAAAUGAUAGCAGUAGUCGCAAUGUUGGAAACGAUAGCGAUCAUGAGGUAGAAGUUGAUUCUGUUACUGUUUAUGUUGAUGGUGUCGCCACUGAAAAUGGCGUGAAUGUUACUGCUGAUGAUGGCAGUGGCAGUUCAAGGAUAAGUGGUAAUACUGACCUGGACGAGGAUUUGAUAAACUCACUCGAGUGUAGUAAUAGCUACUACUACAACAGUGUAGUUGACGCACUUCUACUCCACGAAAAUGCUAACAUUGGCAGUAGCUAUAAGCACUCACUGACUGAAGACGAUAUACUGAUAUCGAAGCUGACGGCGUUCAGCAGUAGGUUGAACGGGUCGGAAGAAGUAAACAAGAACGAAAUAAUGUGCUCCCUGAUGAUGCCAGACUACUAUAAGUACGAUUUGGAGUAUCUGAUGGGCUACGUGUACAAGUUGCUGCUGAUUCAGUACUAUUCACAGGGACCAACUAGCAGUUCUCCCAGUAAAAGGAGGAAGUAUGAAUUUGACACCGUGCACGUCAGCAUGAACAACGUGGUUAAGUUGGUGCUGUGUAGGCUGGCAGUGAACAGAGAUGAGCCUCUGCUGACGAAGAUGAUUAAGAUCAUAAACAGAGUCAACACCGACGCAGACCUGAAGUACAUUCUCUACCACAUAAGAGUCAACAGGGACCUCGAUGAAAUGAUACACAUCAUCAGCUUGUUUAACACAGUUGGCCAAAAGAGAGACCGCAAACAGGUGGAAACGGACAGAAGAGUGACUGAGCUCGACAGACUCGUGCUGAAGAGCAACAUGUCGCACCUGAGCGAAGAGGACGCGAGGGAAAUGGCCGGAAGGGUAAACAGACUGCUGAUGAGCUCACUGCUAGAUGGAGAGACUCAGAUGUACAAGGUGGUCAAAAUACUCGCCAAUUUGCGGAAAAAGCACCUAUCGUUGUUCAAGGGGCUUUACCUGGACAACUAUAUCGCAGCACUCAAGUCAACCGUCAGGUUGAACAGAGAAAACAGAGUUUUUAUCAAACUGCUGAGUAGAUUAACUCUGUGA